UCUGCAAGAUGGCGGCAGCAGCCGAGCGCGGCGCGGAGGUGCCCGCGGAACCGCCGCGGGGGGCUCGGCCGCCGCCGCCCCUGAGCCCCGAAGAGGUGGCGAGGCGCUUGGAGAGCACCCGCCGGGAGCUGAGCAACAGGCGCAAGAUCCUGCUGAGGAACCUGCCGGCCGAGAGCAGCAGCCAGGAGAUCCAUGACUUAUUUAAAGAUUACGAAAUCAAGUACUGUUACGUGGACAGAAAUAAAAGAACUGCGUUCGUUACUCUGCUGAACGGAGACCAGGCUCAAGACGCCAUUCAGAAGUUUCACCAGCAUCCUCUGCGGGGAAAAGAGAUCUCAGUGCAGCUCCAGCCAACAGAUGCUCUGCUCUGCAUCACCAAUUUGCCCAUUUCAUUUACCUUAGAAGAGUUUGAAGAACUUGUGCGUGCCUACGGCAACGUCGAGAGGUGUUUUUUGGUCUAUAACGAAGUCACUGGCCAUUCCAAGGGCUAUGGCUUUGUGGAAUACAUGAAGAAGGACUCUGCAGCCAAGGCAAGGCUGGAGCUUCUGGGGAAGCAGUUAGAGGAGAACACUCUCUUUGCACAGUGGAUGGAUGUGAACCAGCUGACAACCAAUCUUAUUCACUCCAAGUGCCUUUGUGUAGAUAAAGUCCAAAAAGACUGUGCUGACUCGAAAGAGCUGAUCCAAGCCUUCUCACUCCAGUACAAACCCAUUUUCUGCCAGUUUGCUCAGGAUGAAGACAGUUACAUUGGUGACUUCGCAGUGGUUGAGUAUGAAACUGCAGAGCAGGCUGAGAAGGUGCAAGAAGUCACAGAUGGCAUGACUGUCAAAGGGAGGAGAGUCCAGGUGUCCUACUGUGCUCCGGGAGCGCCAGGCAGGAGCACGUUAGCAGCACUGAUAGCAGCACAGAGGAUGAUGAGGAACAACAGGAAAGGCUUGCUCCCAGAGCCAAACCCAGUGCAGAUCAUGAAGAGUUUGAAUAACCCAGCAAUGCUGCAGAUGCUGCUGCAGCCCCAGUUGCGUGGACACGCUGUUAAACCUGUUCUUGGAGCAUCUGCAGGUUUACCUCACCUUAUCAACUCAGCAGUUGGCCCACCUUUUUUGCAGCUGAAUAAAAUUCAUCAGAGUUCCAUCCUGGGGAGUACAUCCAACUUGCUGCUGCAGAGCCCUGCUCACCUGCCACUGCCACAGCAGCAACUGAUGAAGAUGGAAAACAUUCAGGCUAACAGUAAACCAGGUUUGCUGGGAGAACCUCCAACGAUGCUGCUUCAGACUGUGCUGGGGAUAGGGGUAAUGCCACCAGUGAGUUCAGGCAUGGGAACCCGUGGAGAAGCUCUGAAGUCAGCAGCAGCAGCAGGGAUGGGCAUGCUGCCAUUCUUUCCCAAUCAGCACAUUGUUGGACAGACUAUACCAGGGCAAAACACCCCUCCAGAGAAACACUCGAGCCCCGAAGCGCUUGUGCCAGGAUCACAGCCCUAUCAUCAGCCCUUAGCAAACCUUCCUGCGGCGGCUCUGCGGGCUGGACAUGCCAAACAGCAACCUCCACUCAAAAGUGCUGAGCCAAGUUUGGGGCCUCCCUUGAAAAAACAGACCUCACUGCUGGGAGAGCCACCGAAAGAAAUACGUCUGAGCACCAACCCCUAUCUCAAUUUGGCAAGUGUGCUGCCUGGUAUAUGUCUUCCAGCAAUUGCCAGCAAAGCCUCCAGCCCAGCCCAGCAGAGCGGCCUCCCCAGCAGCACCCCGGAUGCUGCCGUGGCUCAGGGAACCACAUCACCACAUGCAAUGGAAAACUACUUUAACUACUCUCAGCAGCCUGGGGAAUACACACAGGAGGCUGUUCAGCAGUGGUAUCAGCACUAUGCUCAGGCCUAUAACUCUCCCCAGGCAAGAGCUGAUGACUUUGAAAGUGAAGCCUCUGAGGAAUGUGCCAGUGGAUCUUACCCAGACUACAAUACCUGCUUGCAGGUUCUGCCCACACUUUACAGUGGAGCCCAGGGAUCUUACCAGCCAGGCAGCUCGCAGCAUCCUCCACAAAACCCCUUACAUAAGGUGGCGGCGCGGAGCGAGAAGCGCAGCGCGGCGCUGCUGGCGCGGCCGGGCGAGGCGGAGCCGCCGUGCCCGCAGCCGCCGGGGCCCUACGCCGAGGCCUCGCUCAAGAAGAAGCGCGUUUACUGAGGGCCCUCCCGCCCCGCCGCCGUUCGGCGCUGCCUUAACCCCCGGCCGCCAGCCGUCCCGUCCCGUCCCGCGGGCUGUGAGCGCCGCCGGAGCCGCGGCUGCCCCGCGGUGUGCCCGUGUGGCUCGGCACGUCCCGCCCGCAGCGGCCCCGCUGCAGCAAUAACUCCCCGGGGCCUGGCUCUGAGAAGGUAACACGGGGAGCCUCGGUAGUGAACUCUUUGGUCCUUAUUUUUGUAACUCAGAAGGUGAGCUUUGGGGUUUUCUUUCAGUCUCUGUUUUCUUUCUCCAGGAUUAAGAGUUCUGCAUUUUACAGCCUUUAUAUUUUUAAUACCUGCUCUUAAUCCUGGAGUGGAGAUGAUGCUAUACCAAAUGUAUUACCAGAGCCUCUGUGGUGUUCUCAAUAAAUGGUUGU